CGUCAGGCGCCGCGGCAACCGUUUCCUGUUGUCAGUCGUCCGGAGGCCGCAGCGUCCGGUCGGAGGCUUAGGGGCUGCAGCGGCCGGGAGUGCCCCCGACCCCCUCCCCACUCCGUUUGAAGUGAAAUUGGACAUUUAUAGAAGCCCAGGCAGUAUAAUAAAGAAAAGCAACCAGAACAAUUCCUUCCUGUGUGUUGGAACAUUUAAGAAAGGACAGCUGUGAAACCUGUGUACCAUGGAAAGGACCUGGCCUCAGCUGGUUGGGACUACAGACCUGAUGGGUGUCAUGUGAUUCUUCUGAGGAGCUGCUGCUUGAGUGGAAAUGCUCUCAGCGGUGGAGAAUGGACUGGACCCCCGGGCUGCCAUCCCGGUCAUCAAGAAGAAGCUAGUGGGCUCCGUGAAGGCACUGCAGAAGCAGUACGUGUCCUUGGACACAGCGGUCACAAGCGAAGACGGAGAUGCCAACAGCAUGUGCAGCGCCCUGGAAGCCGUCUUCAUCCACGGCCUGCACACCAAGCACAUCCGAGCCGAGGCCGGAGGGAAAAGGAAGAAAAGUGCCCACCAGAAGCCUCUGCCUCAGCCCGUCUUCUGGCCCCUCCUGAAAGCUGUCACCCACAAACACAUCAUCUCGGAAUUGGAGCACCUGAUCUUCGUGAGCACGGACGUGGGCCGCUGCCGGGCCUGGCUGCGGCUGGCCCUCAAUGACGGCCUGAUGGAGUGCUACCUGAAGCUGCUGCUGCAGGAGCAGGCCCGCCUGUGCGAGUACUACCAGCCCACGGCCCUGCUCCGUGACGCCGAGGAGGGCGAGUUCCUCCUGAGCUUCCUGCAGGGCCUGACGUCCCUGUCCUUCGAGCUCUCCUACAAGUCUGCCAUCCUAAACGAGUGGACGCUCACCCCGCUGGCCCUCUCCGGGCUCUGCCCGCUCUCGGAGCUCGACCCCCUCACUACCUCUGGAGCGGAACUACAGCGGAAGGAGUCUCUGGAUUCCAUCUCCCAUUCCUCAGGCUCGGAGGACAUUGAGGUCCAGCACUCGGGCCAUAAGAUCCGACGGAACAGGGGGCUCACGGCCUCCUCCCUCAGUCUGGACACGGCUAGUUCGUCCCAGCUCUCUUGCAGCCUCAACUCUGACAGCUGCCUGCUCCAAGAGAAUGGCUCCAAGAGUCCAGACCGUUCCGAGGAGCCCAUGUCCUGCGACUCAGACCUGGGGACGGCAAAUGCUGACGAUUCAGACCUGUCUCUGCAAGAGGUGUUGUCGGAAUUCAGCAAAGCCCAGGUAAACUCUGUGCCAACCAACAGACUGAGCCAAGAAACGGAGGUUCCCACACUGCAGGCCUUGCUCGCCCUCCGCGGCCUGGACACCAGCACACCCCUGCACUUUGAGGUACCUGCAGAGCCCCGCCCCGCCCAAGCAUCCCCUGGGACUCGAGAUGGGGACCACAAGCAGGAGCCGCUUUCCCAGGCACCUGGCCCCCUGGGCUGGCCACAGCCAGCCAGUGCCCAAGCUGUCCCUUCGGGGAACACUUCAGGCCAGCAGCCUCCUAGUCCUUUGAGGGAGGCGACCAGAGCAGUCGGCCAAGGAAGUGGCCAGAAGAAGCCUCCGGAGGAGGAUGGACCUUGGCUGAGCCUUGUGGUUCCCUCACCCACCAGUCCGAAAAGCACGAGCUGGAUCUCAGAAGAUGACUUCUACCGGCCACCCCAGGAACAGCCCGCGGAGAGUCCUCCCCAUGCUUCCGUGGCUUCUCCCAGAGGGACUCCAGAGCCAAGGCCUGGUCUCCUCUCGCAAGGACCAAGAAGAAGCUGUUCCAUGGAGGCCUUAGACAAAGCUUGCGUGCCGUCCCCAGGAAGCAGGAGAAGCAAGGCCACCCCGACGCUGGAGCAUAAGAACUUCAGGGUGGUGCAUCGCAGGCAGAUGGGGCUGUCUAACCCAUUCCGGGGGCUCCUGAAGCUGGGCACGGUGGAGCGGCGGGGGGCCAUGGGCAUCUGGAAGGAACUCUUCUGCGAGCUCUCCCCGCUGGAAUUGCGCCUCUACCUGAGCGGCGAGGAGCGCACCUGCGUGGAGAACUGCUCACUGCUGCGCUGUGAGUCCGUGGGGCCGGCCCACAGCGAUGGCCGCUUUGAGCUGGUCUUCUCGGGCAAGAAGCUGACUCUGCGCUCCUCGUCCCGGGAUGAAGCCGAGGACUGGCUGGACCGUGUGCGCGAGGCGCUGCAGAAGUGCCGGCGGCCCCAGCAGGAGGAGGAGUGGGUGACCAUCCAGUACCCAGACCAGCCCGAGGACCCUCCAGAGGCCCCCCAGGGUGGCCGCCCCUCCCACUCGGACCUGCUCUCGGAGCCUGAAACCCCGCAGGGCCUGCAGUUUGACUGGUCUUCUUCCCAGGUUCCCGAGCCCGAUGCUAUUAAAGAAUCCCUUCUGUACCUGUACACAGACCGGACCUGGAUGCCCUAUAUCUUCUCCCUGUCCUUGGAGUCUCUGAAGUGCUUCCGCCUGAGAAACAAUGAGAAGAUGUUAAGUGACAGCCAUGGAGUCGAGACCAUCCGAGAUAUCCUGCCGGACACGAGCCUUGGGGGCCCAUCCUUCUUCAAAAUCAUCACGGCCAAGGCCGUCCUGAAGCUGCAGGCCGGGAACGCUGAGGAGGCCGCCCUGUGGAGGGACCUGGUGCGCAAGGUCCUGGCGUCCUACCUAGAGACGGCUGAGGAGGCAGUGACACUCGGUGGGAGUCUGGAUGAAAACUGUCAGGAGGUGCUGAAGUUCGCCACGCGGGAGAACGGCUUCCUGCUGCAGUACCUGGUGGCCAUCCCCACGGAGAAAGGCCUCGACUCCCAGGGCUGCUUCUGUGCAGGCUGCUCCCGGCAGAUCGGCUUCUCGUUUGUACGGCCCAAGCUCUGUGCCUUCUCUGGCCUCUAUUACUGUGACAUUUGCCAUCAAGACGAUGCCUCAGUGAUCCCGGCCAGGAUCAUCCACAACUGGGACCUCACCAAGCGCCCGGUCUGCAGGCAGGCCCUGAAGUUCCUGACGCAGAUCCAGGCCCAGCCCCUCAUCAACCUGCAGCUGGUGAACGCGUCUCUGUACGAGCACGGGGAGCGGAUGCACCUCAUCGGGAGGAGCCGGGAGCAGCUGAAGCUCCUGGGGGAUUACCUGGGCCUGUGCCGAAGCGGAGCCCUGAAGGAGUUGAGCAAGAGGCUCAACCACAGGAAUUAUCUCUUGGAGUCUCCUCACAAGUACAGUGUCGCGGACCUCCAGCAGAUCGCGGACGGGGUGUAUGAAGGAUUCCUCAAGUCCCUGAUCGAAUUUGCCUCCCAGCACGUCUACCACUGCGACCUGUGCACGCAGCGCGGCUUCAUCUGCCAGAUAUGCCACCACCAUGACAUCAUCUUCCCCUUUGAGUUUGACACCACAGUCAGGUGUGGCGAAUGCAAGACUGUCUUCCACCAGAGCUGUCAGGCCGUGAUGAAGAAGGGCUGCCCCCGCUGUGCCCGCCGGCGCAAGUACCAGGAACAGAGCACUCUCGCCUAACCCCAUUUCCUGUCCCCACCGGGGACCCGGGGCUCAGCCAUCCCAGCUGGGUUGGCCAUCAGCCUGGGUCACACUUUCAAGGUGUCACAGAUGUCUCCCUUGUCAGGAAGACUCUCGGAUGUGAUCAGAGCAUGAGCCUAUGAGAGGGAGCCUUGGGAGCUCUUGAUGACACCUCCUGCCCCCCACCCAUCUGCUCCAGGAGGCCGGGACACCAGCAGAUGCCCCUGUCUGAGGAUGCGGGAGGAGAGGGGCUUUGCACUAAUUGGCCCGGAUCCCCUCACUGACGCACCAUCUCCAUUAGGGCUGUUCAAACACUGUGGAAAUAAGACUUGGGAAGCAUUUUCAAUUCCACAUUCCUGAUUAAAAGGCCUAGUUUUUUUAA